CGGAGAGAGGGAGGCAGAGUAGAAGAACGGCGAGGAGGAAAGGGAGGACGAGUGUGCGGCUCCGCGGGUCACAGGGAUGUACAGUAAACACAGGCAGAAAAAUGCCCAAAUAUCACCGGCAACAUGUGGACGUUUGCUGCUGCUGCUGUCGCUGCUGCUUUCGGUGCUGCUGCUGAACGCCUCUGCGCACAGAAACACCAGAGAAGAAGAAGCAGAAGCAGAAGAAGAAGGGCCGAGGAGGGGACGGACGGUGACGGCGCGGUGGGUUUCCCAAGGCCGAAGCAAGAGGGAGGCUGAAGCCUCGACACAGGUCGAGUACCCGGUCAGAGGGGAAAUCGCUCUCUCAUCCAGUGACCUCCAACUGCUGCUGCAAGUUGAACGCAAUCAUGAGCUUUUAGGUCCAGACUUCACAGAGACCUACUACACAGAACACGGGCAGCCAGUGACUGUGACUCAUCAGAAUUACACUGAUCACUGCUUCUACCACGGCCAUGUGAACGGACAUCCAGAGUCCUGGGUCGCUCUCAGCACAUGCUCAGGAGUCAGGGGCCUGAUAUCCUUGAAUACAAGUCACACGUACUACCUGGAACCAAUCAGCGGUUCAGUGGAUCCUCUUCACCAUUCGCUGCUGAAUGCGGAGGAACUGCCAAUUAAAGGCGGAAACUGUGGCCACGGCCAUCACACAGCACAGUCCAACCACAUCUCUGACCUGCUCAGACCGUUCCAUCUGAGGGUAAAAAGAAACACCUGGGGUACAACCAAGUACAUGGAGCUAUACAUCGUCGCAGACAACACACUGUUUAAGCGGCAGAAUAAGGACUAUGAAAAGACCAAGGCACGGAUAAUGGAAAUUGCCAAUUACGUGGAUAAGUUCUACAGAGCUCUGAACAUCCGAGUGCCGCUCAUUGGUCUGGAGGUUUGGACUGACAGGGACCAGUGUAUCGUCAAGGAGGAGCCCAACGCAACUUUGUGGUCCUUCCUGCAGUGGCGACAGAAGCUGAAAUCCCGCAAGAAGCACGACAACGCGCAGCUGCUCACUGGUGUGAUUUUCAAGGGGACAACUAUUGGAAUGGCACCGCUGGAGGGCAUGUGCAGCCUGGAAAACUCUGGCGGCAUCAACGUGGACCACUCUGACCUGCCCAUCGGCGCCGCGGCCACAAUGGCCCACGAGAUCGGCCACAACUUUGGAAUGAGCCACGACCACGAGGGCUGCUGUGUGGAGGCCACGGCAGAGCAGGGAGGCUGUGUGAUGGCUGCCGCCACCGGGCAUCCAUUCCCUCGAGUCUUCAGUCGCUGCAGUAAACGUGAUCUGGACAGCUAUUUCCAGAAAGGAGGGGGCAUGUGUCUCUACAACAUGCCCAACAUGAAGGACCUGGUUGGGGGCAAAAAGUGUGGCAACGGCUUUGUGGAGGAUGGAGAGGAGUGUGACUGUGGAGAGCCAGAUGAAUGCACCAAUGACUGCUGCAAUGCCAAUAAUUGCACCUUGAAGGCGGAGGCUCAGUGUGCCCACGGUGUGUGCUGCGAGGGCUGCAAACUGAAGCAGGCAGGCACCAUGUGUCGGGGGCCGGCGGGGGCGUGUGACCUGCCAGAAUACUGCACCGGGGCCUUACCUUACUGUCCUGCCAACGUCUACCUGCUGGACGGCUCCCCCUGUCAGCGCGGAGUGGCUUACUGCUACAACGGCAUGUGCCUCACCCACGAGCAGCAGUGCCUGCAGCUGUGGGGCUACGGAGCUCGACCCGCUCACGACGCCUGCUUCGAAGACGUCAACGCCGCGGGAAACGCUUUCGGAAACUGUGGGAAUGAUGAACAUGGCAACUACAUGAAGUGUGAAAAAAGCGAUGCCAAGUGCGGUAAGAUCCAGUGCCACAGCGCAGCACAGAAGCCUAAAGGCACCAACGCCGUUUCCAUCGACAACACCAUCGAGACAGACGGCGUCAAGGUGAAGUGCAGAGGCACCUACGUUUACAGCACCCAGGACGGUCAGGGCGACCUUCCUGACCCCGGCCUCGUCAUGACUGGCACCAAGUGUGGAGAGGGAAAGGUGUGCAGAGACCGCAGGUGCCAAAAUGCCUCUUUCACUGAGCUGGAGACUUGCAUUGCACGCUGUCACGGCAACGGGGUGUGUAACAGCAACGGGAACUGCCAUUGCAAUCGAGGCUGGGCUCCGCCCUUCUGUGAGAAGACAGGACUCGGGGGAAGUGUGGACAGUGGACCUGUCCAGUACGACAGUCAGGUCGGGCUGGUGGUCGGUCUGCUGUUCGCCUUCCUCGUCCUCCUGCCUACGGUGCUGCUGCUCUUCUACUGCUACAGGAUCAAGACCUCCUACUACCACAAGUGGCUUUCCCAGAGAGCGAAGAACAAGAGUAACAAGGCGGAGGCGUCGCUGGAGAAAGGGAAGAACGGCCACCUGAAUCCUGCCUUUCACCUGAAGGUGGUCGGACCGGUCAACAAAGCGAGCAGCCACAAGGGGCUUCCUCACACCAGCAAAGAGGUCCUGCCUCUCAGACCGGGUCUGGUGUCCAACGGCACGCAGCCAGUCAACAUUGUUCGACCUCUGAGACCCGCCCCGUCCCCGCAGGGCGUCCCUCGACAACUCAAGUCGCUCCGUCCGCCGCUGCCAGCUGGCAAACCCCCGACAGGCCCACCCAAAACACCGCCGACUCCACAGAGACUCAGCCCACCCAAGAAACCUCUGCCCCUCAACCCGACACGAUCUCCACUGUUGGUUUCUGAGCUGAAGCCCAGGUCGUCCGCCUUCCCCCCUCAGAGGCCCCUCCCCCUCAGCCCAGCCCGGGGAGCCUCCCCCACGGUGAGUCGGGGCCUGGCUGCGGUUUCCAAACCGUCGCCGCCUCUGCUGGUCAUGAUGCCGCCAGCGGUCAGACCCAAACCUGUGGGCAAAGUCUCCGCCAUCUCCCCCCUCAGAGCACUCAGACCGGUCCCAGGUGCAAAACCAAACACAGCCUCGCCUCUGGCACGUAAAUGACCUUCUCCUCUCCUCCUCCUCCUCCUCGGCCCUCUGAGGACGCAGCAGCUGACAGAUCUAUUUGCACUAAAGAGACAUUGGCUGGUGAAACCACAGAGCUGUCCACUCUCACCGCGAGGAGGACAAACACAAAGUUAGAAAACAGAGACAUGAAA